AUGUUGAAUUCCAAGGCAUCACUAUUACCGGCCGCCAAUGAAUUCCGCAGUGACACUUUCACCACCCCAACGCCGUCUAUGUUGGCCGCUAUGACGAACGCGUCGUUUGGAGACGACGUGUACCAGGAAGACCACAUCACCACCGAAUUCCAAAAGGAAAUCGCACGAUUGACCGGAAUGGAAGAUGCUCUGUUCAUGCUCUCCGGGACCAUGGGCAACCAGAUCGGAGUCCGGGUUCAUCUCAACCAACCUCCGCACUCUGUGCUGUGCGACUACCGCGCCCAUGUCUACGCCGAGGAAGGGUCUGGGUUGGCGGUACUGUCUCAAGCCAUGGUGACGCCCGUACACCCGGCCAAUGGCAUAUACUUGACUUUGGACGAUGUUAUGAAGUGGACCGUCCUAGGAGAGAAUAUUCAUACGGCACCGACGAAGGUGAUCAGCCUCGAGGUGACCAUAGGUGGAGUGGUGACUCCCUUGGAGGAGAUACAAAACAUCUCCGAAUUCGCACGUGCCCACGAUAUCAGAAUUCAUUGCGACGGGGCUCGCUUGUGGAAUGCGUCUGCAGCUACUGGUUAUUCUUUGGCCGAUUACUGCCAGCAUUUUGACACCGUGUCAAUGUGUGUGUCAAAAGGACUAGGCGCACCGGUUGGUGGAGUUCUUGCCAGCACCAAGUCCAACAUCAAGCGGGCUAGGUGGCUGAGGAAGCAGCUGGGGGGCGGCAUUCGACAGGCCGGUGUUUUAACCGCUCCAGCCUUGGUAGCCCUAGAGGAAGUCUGGCCUACCAUGAAAGAGACGCAUGAGAAAACCAAGAAACUGGAGAAAGACUUGGCGGCGCUUGGUAUUGUGCCACAAAUCCCGGUUGAUACAAAUUUCUAUUUCAUCGACGCCAAGAAGUCAAGCGUGAGUAUGGAUAUUUUGUUAGAGCAAUGUGAGCGGUUCAAUGUGAAGCUUAUGGAUGAGCGGAUUGCUCUGCAUCAUCAAAUCAGCGACGAGGCAAUUGAGAACCUUAAGGCUGCCAUUGCCGAGACAGUGAGAAUAACCAAGGCCUUACCGCCGGGCUAUGUCUCCAAGGUUCCGCCGGGUGGGUAUGAAAGCACCUCGAAAAUGAAUGAACACAGCUAG